GGCAGUCAAAAGCUGAUCCUUCCGCGCCGCCUGUGUGCCUAGCUAGUGUCGAGCUGCAAACCCGACUGGUCGCGGAGCGAUGCUGUCCAGAUGUAGGUACUGUGUACUGCCCUUAUUGCGCCCAGGUCUUUUAGUCCUUGCCUUGCUGUGCUUGUCGACCUUGGUCACUUCCAUUGUAAAUGUAUGUGCUUGUACGGAUUACACCUUCAUCAACCGGCAGAGUAUCGCGCGUGGGGUGAGCCCAAUUCGCAAUUCUCACAAGCUCCCGUCCCGGCAAUCCAACACUAACAAGAUUGCAUGCCGACCCCUUGGCGUGGCUCAUGCAGACAUAGCAAACCUGUCUUAACCAGAAACGGCUUGGUCCGGCCGGGGUUGCGCUAGCAGGGAUCAGCAGGGGCCACUUGAUGAUCUGUUGAAAUUGCUUCUUGACGAGAUGAACCAAUGGCUCGAGUCGUCCGAACCAGGGACUUGAGGGCUCCACAGUGCCAUGGGCAGCGAAUUUUGGAGAGGAAACCAGGGGUCAGACAGAAGAAGCGCUCCCCGGGAGACGGGACAUCCCAAUGAGAAAGG